CGAAGUCAGAUGCGAUAACUGAUAGCUUGCUGAAAUCUCUAUACCAACGGACUUGAGCUUUACGCUGCCGGUGGAAUUUUGUCUUUUGAGGGGUGUAUGUGGUGCAUUACUUAUGGAGUUCUAGUAUGUACCGCGGGUUGGUUUCAGCACUGAUAAGGAUUAUUCAUGUCGAACAUGGCGAGAAACACGAAGGAAGCACUUGCCCUUCUGUUGUCGGUAGCGCUCGUUUUACUUGACACUGUGAGUGCCCAGCUCCCCGUCAAUGAAAUUACUGGAUUUAGUCUUAGCCCACCGUAUUUCAACCUGGCUGAAGGGGCUCAGAUUUCUGCUACAGCAACGUGCGGAGAAGAUGACACUGGGAUACCUAGAUCGGACCUGUACUGCAAACUUGUUGGGGGACCAACUACUGAGCUUCCAAGUCAGACUAUACAGGGCCAGUUCUGCGAAUACUGUAACUCCAACGACCCAAACACAGCGCACCCUGCCAGCAACGCCGUAGACGGUACCGAACGCUGGUGGCAAAGCCCGCCUCUUUCGCGGAGUCUGAGGUACAACGAGGUCAACGUCACAUUGGAGUUGGGGCAGCUUUUUCAUGUGGCCUACGUCCUCAUUAAGUUUGCCAACUCCCCCCGCCCUGACCUCUGGGUUCUGGAGCGAUCCAUCGACUUCGGUAAAACCUAUGUCCCCUGGCAGUACUUUGCACAUUUGAAAAGAGACUGCCUCGAGUUCUUCGGUAAGCAGCCCAAUGCGCGCAUUUCCCGUGAUGAUGACCAGAUCUGCACGACUGAGUACUCUCGGAUAGUACCCCUGGAGAACGGUGAGAUUGUAGUGUCACUCGUGAAUGGCCGUCCCGGAGCGAAGAACUUCACCUAUUCACCUGUCUUGAGGGACUUCACCAAGGCAACGAACAUCCGCCUGCGCUUCCUUCGUACCAGCACCCUACUGGGACACCUCAUCUUCAAGGCCCUGCGUGACCCUACCGUUACCCGCAGAUAUUACUACAGUAUCAAGGACAUCAGUGUCGGGGGCCGAUGUGUGUGUCACGGCCAUGCUCAGGUGUGUGGAGCACGCUUUCCCAAUGACGCCACCAGGCUUCAGUGUGAGUGUCUGCACAAUACCUGUGGGGUGUCAUGUGACCGCUGUUGCCCAGGGUUCAACCAGAAGCCUUGGCGAGCGGCGACAGCCGACAGUGCCAACGAAUGCCAGCCCUGUCAGUGUCAUUCGCACGCCACCGACUGCAGGUACGACCCUGAGGUGGAUCGCAGGAGGGAAAGUCUCAACGUUUAUGGCCAAUACGACGGAGGAGGAGUUUGCAUUAACUGCCAGCACAACACGGCCGGGGUGAACUGUGAGCGGUGUGCAGAGGGCUUCUACAGGCCUUACGGAGUGCAGCCCGACUCGCCCCACGCGUGUGCACCCUGCAGGUGUGAUCCCAGGACCACGGCUGGUUGUGAGGAUGGAUCAGGACGCUGCCGCUGCAGGCCCAACUUGAGUGGGGACCACUGCGAGCGCUGCGCGGAUGGAUACUAUGGGUUUCCACAGUGCGUCCGGUACCCCAUCUAUCCGGCAACUACCAAGUCCCCUGCAGGCCAUAUUGUAGACCCUGUUACCUGCCCUCAAGGGUAUUUUGGACCACCCAACUGCCAGCCCUGCAGCUGUAACGGCCCGGGUGUGGCCACGCGGAGGUGCGACGGACAGACGGGCGGGUGCCAGUGUCGGCCCGGGUACGAGGGCAGGUUGUGUGACCGCUGCGAACGAGGACGAUUCAAUUUCCCCUACUGUCAAGUUUGCCAGUGCUCGGAGGAUGGUUCGUCCGAGGAGUCAUGUGACCCGGCGUCAGGACAGUGCCGCUGCCGUCCUGGAGUGACGGGUCAGCGAUGUGACCGAUGUGUGGAUGAAAGCCGCAGGUUCCCCCAGUGUGACACGCCCACAGGGUGUGUGUGUAACCAGGAGGGGACCCUUCCGGAGCGGUGCGAUAUGUACGGGCGGUGUCUGUGCCGUCCGGAGGUGGAUGGGGAGCAGUGCGAUCGCUGUCACCAAGGAUUCCACUCAUUCCCAAACUGCCACGCAUGCCACUGCUCGCGGGAAGGUUCGUACGAGGCGUCAUGUGACCUGUCGUCAGGGCAGUGUCGCUGUCGUCCUGGAGUGACGGGUCAGAGUUGCGACCGCUGUGUGGAGGAUAGACGCAGGUUCCCUGAUUGUGGAGCGCCCACAGGGUGUGUGUGUAACCAGGAGGGGACCCUUCCGGAGCGGUGCGAUAUGUACGGGCGGUGUCUGUGCCGUCCGGAGGUGGAUGGGGAGCAGUGCGAUCGCUGUCACCAAGGAUUCCACUCAUUCCCAAACUGCCACGCAUGCCACUGCUCGCGGGAAGGUUCGUACGAGGUGUCAUGUGACCUGUCGUCAGGACAGUGCCGCUGUCGCCCCGGAGUGACGGGUCAGCGGUGUGACCGCUGUGUGGACAAUAGACGCAGGUUCCCCCAGUGUGACGCGCCCACAGGGUGUGUGUGUAACCAGGACGGGACCCUGCCAGAGAAGUGCGAUACUUCCGGGCGGUGUCUGUGCCGGCCGAAUGUGGAAGGGGUGCAGUGCAACCACUGUCGCCAGGGAUACCACUCAUUCCCAAACUGCCAGGCUUGCCAGUGUUCGCGGAACGGUUCGUACGAGGCGUCAUGUGACCAAGCGUCAGGGCAGUGUCGCUGCCGUCCCGGUAUUACGGGUCAGCGUUGCGACCGCUGUGUGGACGAUAGACGCAGGUUCCCUCAGUGUGACGCGCCUACAGGGUGUGUGUGUAACCAGGAGGGGACCCUUCCGGAGAGGUGCGAUGCUUCCGGACGCUGUCUGUGCCGGCCGGAGGUGGAAGGGGUGCAGUGUGAACGCUGUCGCCAAGGUUACCACUCAUUCCCAAACUGCCACGCCUGUGGUUGCGAUGGUGCGGGAGUGGCCAACAGGGCCUGUGGCCCCGCGGGAGAGUGCAGCUGCCGCCCGAACUUCGCGGGACGCCGGUGUGAACAGUGCGCCCUGGGUUACUAUGGCUACCCCAACUGUAGCGCUUGCCAGUGUUCGCGGAACGGGUCGUACGUGGAGUCAUGUGACCCGUCGUCAGGACAGUGCCGUUGUCGUCCCGGAGUGACGGGUCUGGGAUGUGACCGAUGUGUGGAUGAUAGACGCAGGUUCCCCCAGUGUGACGCGCCCGCAGAGCCUGUUGGACGGUGUAAUCCAGUGGGCACAGAUGUGAACAGAGUGGUCCCAAACUCAGGUCAGUGUCCCUGCCUGUCGGAUGUGGAGGGCCUGCUGUGUGACAGAUGUAAGGCUCUCUUCUGGAAUCUGGCCCCUGAGAACCUCAAUGGAUGCAUUGAGUGCCAGUGUGAUGUUAAAGGUACGCUGAGUGGUGUUGGGGAGUGUGAACAGAAAAGUGGAAAGUGUUUUUGCAAGCCCAACACCUGUGGCCACACUUGCAAUGUGUGCAAGGAGGGCUUCUUCCUACACCAGAAGAAGAACUAUUUUGGUUGCCAAGGCUGCCAGUGUGACGUGGGCGGGGCUGUGGGCAUGGUCUGCGCAGAGCCAUCGGGACAGUGCCGAUGCAGGAAGCACGUGGUGGGGCGCACUUGCAACCAGCCAGAGAAAAACUUCUACUUCCCAGACCUCCAUCAUAUGAAAUAUGAGGUGGAAGACGGGAUUACUCCGAACGGCAGGCCUGCACGCUUUGGAUACAGCCCACAACAGUUCCCAGAGUUCAGCUGGAGGGGGUAUGCAACUAUGUCCCGUGGUCAGGGUGAAGUGAGAGUAACAGUGCAUGUGGACGGGGCGGAGUCCUCCCCGUUCCGGUUCAUUCUGAGGUUCGUUAACCGCGGCAACUCCAGCGUGACCGGUCGAGUCAUCGCCGCCCACGUCCGGGGCAGUGAGGGGCCAGAGCAGAGUAAAGAGGUGGUGUUCCCCCCCAGUAGCAAACCGGCUUUCGUCACGGUCCCUGGGGGCGGGUUUCCCGAGCCAUUCCAGCUGUCUCCUGGGAAAUGGAUCAUUCACAUCCGAGCUGAGGACGUGCUCCUGGACUACCUCGUGCUGCUACCCAGCUUGUACUACGAAGCUCCUAUUUUGCAGUCCAAGACAACAGAUCCCUGCACCUAUGAGAUUGCCGCAGAUAACAAGGGCAAGAACUGUCUGCUGUACAGACACGUUCCUAUGGACAGGUUCCCCUCCGCGCUGGCGUCCCAGGGCGUUUACUCGUCCCGCGGGCGAAGGAAGAGGCAGGCUCGCGUGCACCAGCCCACCCCCGAGCACCCAGAGAUGGCAUCCGUCAGCGGGCGACAGGCCCAGCUGUUGCUGACGGUCAGAGUGCCCUCUCCGGGUCCAUACGUGCUGGUUCUGGAGUACGCCAGCGAGGUGGACACGGUGCAGAACGUCAACGUGCUGUUAAGCAGCCAGCCCAACACCCUGGCACCGGCGAGGGUCAACAUCGACAGCUGCACCUACAGCUUCCUGUGUCGCGGUGUGGUGGUGGACGGUAGCAGUCGCGUAGCCAUGCUCCAGAUGGACCAUAAGACCGACGUCAUGCUGCAGAGCUCCACAGCUUCCUUCCUGCUGUAUAAAGUGUAUGCAGUCCCUGCAGAUGCCUUUUCCAUGGAAUAUGUGCAUCCCAAAGAGCUGUGUGUCUCUGUCCAUGGUCGCUUUACUGAAGACAGUCGCUUCUGUGUCCCGUCCCAGUACGAGCUCCCCCCUUCAGCGCUGGUUUUGGACGCGGCUGGAGAGGGCCGCCUUUCCGUUCCAUCCGGCGGGAGGCAGAGCCGACAGGCGGGACCCGCCCCCCUCAUCUCCCCCCCACGAGAUGGGGUCCUGCUCAAGUCCCCUCAGACGGAGAUCAGUUUCAGCACUCGGGUUCCGGCUCCAGGGAGGUACAUAUUCGUGGUGCACUUCCGUCAGCCAGAGCUCCCUUUCUUCCCCGUGGAGGUGCUGGUGGACGGAGGCCGACCCUGGAAAGGAUCUGUCAACGCCUCUUUCUGCCCCCGUGUCUCCGGCUGCCGGGACCAGGUCAUCGCAGAGCAGCGCAUCGCCUUAGACAUUCCCCAGCAGGAACUGAGCGUCACAGUCAGAGUUCCCCCUGGGAAAACCCUCAUGCUGGACUAUGUCUUGGUGAUUCCGGAUGAUCGCUACAGCCCGGAACUGCUUAAGGUUAAGCCGUUGGGGAGAUCAUCAGAUUUCAUCAACCAGUGCGGAGGGAACAGUUUCCAAAUAGAGCCGAGCUCCUCUCAGUUCUGCAGAGACUCCGCCCGGUCCCUGGUGGCGUUCUUUAACGACGGGGCCCUGCCCUGUGGCUGUGACCCGACCGGAGCCUCGGGGACCACCUGCGACCCCGUGGGCGGGCAGUGCCCCUGCAAGCCCAACAUCACUGGCCGACAGUGCAGCCGCUGUGCCACGGGACACUACGGCUUCCCCUACUGCAGACCAUGCCAGUGUGGCAGGCGUCUGUGUGACGAGGUGACGGGGCAGUGCAUCUGCCCCCCGCAGACGGUCCGGCCCGCCUGUGACGUGUGUGAGAGCGAGACCUUCAGCUACCACCCCCUGCUGGGCUGUGAGGGCUGUGAGUGCUCGCCCACCGGCAUCAACGGCACCGCAGAGUCCUGCAACGAGACCACCGGCCAGUGCACGUGUAAGGAUCAUAUUGACGGGCGUCAGUGUGACCGGUGCACUGAAGGGUAUUAUGGCUUCCCUGAGUGCCGGUCAUGUGACUGCAACAUUGGGGGCGUGGUGCCCGAGGUGUGCCACCCGCAGACCGGAAAGUGUCUCUGCAAGAAAAACGUGGUGGGGGUGCGGUGCGACUCCUGCCGCGAGGGUUCUUUCCACUUCGACGAAUCGAAUCCCAGCGGCUGCCUGUCCUGCUUCUGUUUCGGAGCCACGGACCAGUGCCUGAGCUCAGACAAGCGCCGGGGAAAGUUUGUGGACAUGAAGGGCUGGCGUUUGGAGAAACUGGAUCAGGAAGUGGUGCCCUCCGUUUUCAACACAGCCAGCAAUACAGUGGUGGCAGAUGUGCAGGAGCUGCCUGCAACUGUGAAAGACCUCCACUGGGUGGCGCCAAAAACUUACCUGGGGGACAGGGUGUCCUCGUACGGAGGGUACUUGACCUAUCAGCUGAAGUCGUUUGGGAUCCCCAGCGAGGGCAUGGUCCCGCUGGACAGGGGGCCGGACGUCAUUCUCAGCCGGAAGGAAGUGACACUGGUCCACAAGGCCCCCCUCGCCCCCUCUCCAGACCGUCUCCAUGAGGGACGAGUGCAGCUGAUUGAGAGUAACUUCCGGCACCAGGCGACGGACCGGCCCGUGUUACGGGAGGAGCUGCUGGUGGUUCUGGCGGGACUGGACGCCCUGCACAUCCGCGGCCUGUUCUUCUCCCAGACCCAGCGCCUCAGCCUGGGAGCCGUGGGCCUGGAGGAGGCCACGUCCACCGGCACCGGAGUGCCCAGCAGUGUGGUGGAGGUGUGCGCCUGUCCCCCCGGUCACCAUGGAGACUCCUGUCAGAAAUGUGCUGCUGGGUACUACAGAGACAGGAGCCGGCUGGGGAAGGACCGCUGUGUCCCCUGCAACUGUAACGACCUCUCCAGUGGGUGUGACGAAGCCACCGGGCGGUGUCUGAACUGCCAGAACAACACUGCUGGAGAACGAUGUGAGCAGUGCAAGGAAGGUUACUACGGCAACCCCGCCUACGAGACCUGCCAGGUCUGCCCCUGUCCCUUCAACGUGGAGGUCAAUAGCUUUGCCACUAGCUGUAAGAAGGUUGCUGGAGGAUUUACAUGCGUCUGUAAGCAGGGAUAUACAGGACCCAGAUGUGAAAGGUGUGCCUCUGGUUACUAUGGUGACCCUAUGGCUCUCAGUGGGAGCUGCAAACCCUGCAACUGCAAUGGUAACGGCGGAAACUGCGACUCUAAGACAGGGGUGUGCAAGAACACUCUCGAGCCUAAGGACACCACAGAAGAGCAGUGCCAAGAGUGCGACAGCUGUGUGGAGACCCUGCUGAAGGACUUGGAGAGCUUGGACGACAUGCUCAGCAAGCUCAAGUCCCAGCUGGACAACGCCAACGCCAGCUCGGCCGUCCAGGAGCGUCUGAAGAAGCUGGAGGACGCCAUCACUGCUGCCAAGACUCUAGUUGACAUAUACGGAGCAAACAUCGCAAGCCAGCUACCAAAGGUCAAACAGCUGGAAGAUGAUGCCAAAAAUCUGAGCGAGGACAUCGGACUGAUCAAGAAGAAGGCUAGUGAGAACUCUGAAAAGGCUCAGAAAGCAGUCGACACUGCGGAGAAGACGCACGACCGAGCAGCAGACCUUGCCGCUGGAGCGCAGAGCAUUUUCAACAAAAUCAAGGAUCUGCUGAAGGAGUUGAAAAAUUUAACUAGUGGUGGCGGCAGCCUGCCCACAGACGACCUGGCCAAGAUCCUGAGCGAGGCGGAGCGCAUGGUGAAGGAAAUGAAGGACAGAGACUUCAACAGCCCCAAGACGGCGGCCGAGAAGGAGAGAGAGGAGGCCAAAAAGCUGCUGGACCAUGUCAAGAAUGAUGUGACCAAGCAACAGGAGCUGAACAAGGAAGCUGCCAGACGUAUCGGAGGGUUGCUGACGGAGCACGAAGCCAAGCUCAAAGACCUGGAGGAGGCGCUGAAAGAGGCCGAUGACACUGUGAAGAAAGCCAACCAGCAGAACGGAGCCAAUGCCAAAACUCUGGAGGACCUACUGAAAAAGAAAAAGGAGCUGGAGAAAGAACGAGAUAAGGUUCUUGACCAAAUCAGAAUGGCCAAAGACCAACUUAAAGGCGUUAAAGACCUUCUCGACAUGCUGAGCGACAGCAAAAAGGAAUACGAGGAAUUGGCUGCAGAGCUGGACGGCGCCAAAAACCCCCUCACCAAAAAAGUCAAUGACAUUGCCAAGGCGGCGGCCAAGGAAGACAUCGUGAAGAAAGCAGAGAAGCACGCCGAGACCCUCGACCAGCUGGCUAAGGAGCUGCAAGAUGCUGUGAGGAACGCCAGCGACAGCUCAGACGUGCGCUGCGCCGUGGACGCGAUCGAGGCCUACAAGAACAUCACCGAGGCCAUCAAAGCAGCCGAGGAGGCCGCCAAAGAGGCCAAGAGGGCGGCGGACAAAGCCCUGAAAGACGUGCAACAGCAGGAUCUGACAAAGAAAGCCAAGGACCUGAAGGAUAAUGGGGAUGCAUUGCUGAGAGAUGCGGAGGAUACAAAGAAUGACCUUGAAAAAGCCAAAGAAGUGCUGGAGGACCAACUGAAGCGUUUGAGAAAGGCAGAGAAGAAGAAGGACGACCUGAAGAAUGACCUCCUCACGGCCCAAGCUGAGCUGGACAGGAUCAAGAGAGAUGAUGUCGCUGCCAUCAUAGACGCAGCCAAGAGGACGGCGGCUAACGCUAACGACACCGCUGAGGACGCGAUGAACCGAAUCAACGACAUUAAGGACGAGCUGAAAAAGAUAAAUGUCCUCCCCACAGAUCCUAACCUGGACAAUGUCCUGAACGAAGUCGAUAAAUCAGUGAAAAACCUCACAAACACUAUCCCAAACCUCCUGGAUAAGAUCCGCAAAAUCGACGAUCUGAGCGCCCAGUUAACCCCCACAGGCAACGUGUCCGAAAAUAUCAAGAGGAUCAAGGAGCUGAUUGAGCUGGCCCGGGAUGCUGCCAACAGGGUCGUGGUCCCUAUGAAAUUUGCUGGCGACGGACACGUGGAGUUGCGUGCCCCGAAGGACCUGGAUGACCUGAAGGCCUACACCACCCUCAGCCUGUCUCUGCAGCGGCCCGAGACUGAAAGCAGAGGGGACGGGUCCCGCUCUCGCAGACAGACCUCCGACAACCUGUUCGUGCUUUACCUCGGAAAGAGAGACGCAUCCUCAGACUACAUAGGCAUGGUCCUGGAAAACAAUGAGCUCUUCUGCAUCUACAAGCUCAACGGCAAGGAAUACAAGGUCAAGACAAGCAGCAUCAAUAUGUCCCCGUCUGAACAAUCCUACUUCGACAAGGUGGACUUCAGAAGAAUCUAUGAGGACGCCGAAAUCGUCCUGACACAGUUGUUCACAUCCAAUAAUCCCUUACCGGCCGUAACCUACACCAACCAGGGAGACUUCACCCAGAACCUGCUCAACCUGGAUCCUGAAGAUGUAGUCUUUUAUGUUGGCGGAUACCCUGACACUUUCACUCCUCCGCAAUCAUUGAGGUACACCAAAUAUAAAGGAUGCAUUGAAAUGUCCACCUUCAAUGAGAAAUUCAUCAGCCUGUACAACUUCAAAGAAGCUGUCAACGUAAACCCAGAGGUGCCUUGCAAGAGGUACAUCCCCUCUGAAGUAGACAUGUACUUUCAAGGCACCGGAUACGGCAAGCUGGCUUUUCCGAAACAGUGGGGUGUGCUCAUACUUUCGCAGGUUCUUUAUACCCGAUCAGAAAACGCAAUCCUUAUGUACAUUGGAAAUGAGGACUCCUAUUACAUUGUCACUGUGGAAGGAGGGUACAUUGUAUUUCGGGGGAGAGAGGGUGAAAAGAUGUUGGAAGAGAAGAAGAGUGCCAAUAAGCUAUUUCCUCUGAAGACUCACCAGGAGAUUCAGGUGAUCCUCAGGAAAACCACUUUCCUGGUUCGUUUGGGAAGCAAGACUGCCAUCUCAGCACCUAUCACCCCAGGAACAUUCGAGGGCUAUUACAUUGGAGGCUUACCGCUACCGUUGAGAGAAAGAGACAGCAUUACCACCCCAUCACUGAAGGGAUGUGUGAGGAACAUCAAAACAGGUGGCAGCCACGGCGACGUUAAGGAGCGAGUUGGCAUGGGCAAAGGAUGUCCAGCGGACUACCUGGGCUCUCGGAAAGCUGAGUUCAGCCUGGGAAGCUCGCUUUCUAGAGCCCCCAAGGGCUUCACACUGUCCAGUGAUGUGUACGUCUCCUUGGGCUUCAAGAGCACUGAGAGCAAUGGCCUCCUCUUCAGAAACACCCAAGCGGCCACUGGGAUGGAGCUGACCAUGGUUGAUGGCUUUGUUUCAUUCAUAUUCAAUGGCCAAGUGUGGAAGUCAAAUAAAACAUACAAAGACGGCGAAUGGCACUAUUUGACGGCUACCAAAAAAGGGUCAAGGUUUGUGCUGUUGAUUGACGAGGAAGAUGAGGGAAAACUGCAGAGUUCUUCCUCCCCUGUGGCCGCUAAUGGAGAGGACAUCUUCCUGGGGAAAGACACCUUCAAGGGCUGCCUCAGCAACCUUUACAUGAAGAGGCCCGGUGCUUUGUAUAAGCCAGAGGACCUGAGUGGGUUCACCUCCAGUGGGAAAGUCCUGCUUGAUGUCUGCAGCACAGACCCACCCCCUCAACUGAUGAUGGACAAACGCAACCGCAGCAAAUCCAGGAUGGAAGGAGAGGCUCGUGAUGACAGCCUCGCUAUGUGCAGCCUGCCCUCUAUGGUAACACACAGUUACCGGCUCGGAGGACCUUUCAGCUCACUGACCUACAACAUCACUCCACAGGCUCUGCGUAGCAGGCCUCACUUCUCUCUGGACGUAAGGACAGAGUCGGCCGAUGGCCUGCUGCUCUACAUGGCCGGCAGGCGGGAAGGCUCCCACCUGGUCCUGUACAUGUCCAAAGGCCGGAUCCGACUGUCCAUCGGGAGGAAGAGGCACAUCUUCAACAGGGAGAAGUACAGCGAUGGCAAGUGGCAUACGGUGAUGUUCAGCUGGGAGAGGCGAAAGUUUCGCCUGGUGGUGGACGGCCUCCAGGCCCAUGAUGGCCAGCUGCCCCCUGAAGAGGGAGUCUCACUGGACCUCCAGUCGCCUGUCUACCUGGGCAGUGUCCCAGCAUCGGUGCGCACGGAACAGCAGUGGAAGGACCUCCCAGGGGAAAGCAUAAUUGGAUGUGUUCGUAAUUUCAAGAUGAACAGCCAGCCAAUGACAGAGCCCGCAGCCAAUCAUGGGGCGGCACCCUGCUUUGACGGGCACACUGUGGGCGGAGCCUAUUUUUCAGGAAAUGGUUAUGCUGUCAUAGAGGACUACUUUGUUGUGGGAGUCAGCUUUGAGCUGGUGUUUGAGGUUCGUCCCAGAACCCUAACAGGAGUUAUUUUCCAUGUUGGGGGCAACAGAGGACACCACCUGAGUCUGCUCCUGAGGAGAGGGCAGGUGGUUGUGGAGGUGGACAACGGAGCAGGAGAGUUCAACGUGUCUGUGACUCCCCAGAAAGCACUCUGUGAUGGCAUGUUCCACCGAGUGGCAGUUAUCAAGCGGAACAACGUAAUCCAGCUGGAUGUGGACACAGACGGCCGGUACACAGUGGGACCUUCCUCCUCUGUCUCCACCAGGACCCGAGACCCACUUUAUGUGGGCGGCAUUCCAGAUUCCACGUGGCCUGUUCAUCUCCCGAAGGCCUCGUUCGUCGGCUGCCUGCAGAACGUGCAGAUCAACGGGAACAUCGUUUCCUUCGACAAAAUCGCUCGAGUGUUCGGGCCUGUGAACCUCAGAGAGUGUCCCACCAGCUGAGAUCACAUCUCCGCCGACGGAAGACUCGCCACUAUUGUAUGUGCAAUCAGUCAAACGGAUCUCAGUUAAGGGCUACCCCAAUUACAACGUGUAUCUCUGUUUGUAUGGACAUCGCAAUGUAAAGAACUGUCAGACAAUGUUAUUUCAACAUCUCUUUUUUUAUUUAUUUUUAAAUGAAUCGUCCUCACAGUGGAUAUAUUCUGUUGUUACAUGAGAUGUAUUUUUAUAAUUUCCAUUUUAUUUUUACCCGUUUUAUCGCACUUCAUAACUGUGUGGAUCAAGCCCCUCUCAUAUGAGAGGACAUGUGUCUCUAGUUAGUGAUUCACUGGGGUCUAUGGAGCAAGAAAACUGUGCACUUUGUUUAAUACCAUUAAAUACCAGCUCAUGUAAAUACUGUCAAAAUGAUGAAUAAAACCUUUUCUCUUAA